AUGGAUUCAUCAAACGAACGAAGACUCUCUAAAAAAUACACAGUAUUUUUCCUCACAAAGGAAAGCACGGGACGCGACGGCAGCACCGUCAGUGACGUAAACGUUGUCAGUGGCGUCAACGUCAUUAAGGACGUAAGCGUUGUCAAGGGCGACGUGAAUGUCAGUGGCUUCAAAGUUCUGAGUGACGUCAACCUCGUCAGUGACGUCACUGAAGAAACUAAUGAAUUAGCAAAUAACGAACGAAAGUUGUGUGAUGUGCCGUCGGAUUUAGGUCCAAUUUCAGCGAAUACAUCAGAUAUAUCGCUAGAUGUCGUGGAGCAGACAUAUCCUGAGGUGAAGUUGGGAGGGCGGUACUCACCGCCCGACUGCUUGGCUAGGCACAGAGUUGCGAUCAUAGUACCCUACAGAGAUAGACUGAAGAACUUGGCAACAUUCUUGAAUCACAUGCAUCCGUUUCUGAUUAAACAACAACUAGAUUAUGGUAUAUUCAUCGUGGAACAAAAAGGUACACGAGAGUUCAACCGCGGCAAGCUCAUGAACGUAGGUUUCCUCGAGGCUGGUGGUUGGCAGUGCUACAUAUUCCACGACAUUGACUUGUUGCCACUCGACCAGCGAAACCUCUACUCUUGUCCGCACCCGCGGCACCCGAGGCUGUAUAACGCCGGUGCGUUGGAGGCAAAUGAGCUCAAAGCUACAAUGAAAGAGAAUUUUGGUGGAGUCACUGCCGUGACUGUGAAGCAAUUUGCCAAUGCUAACGGCUACUCCAAUGGUUAUUGGGGAUGGGGCGGCGAGGACAAUGACUUGUAUUACAGACUGUCAGGUUCGGGGUACACAGUCACCCAGUACAACUCAACUAUAGCUCGGUAUAGAGCGUUACAGCACAAACAAAAAUCACGGAACCCAAGAAGAUACCGACUACUUCUUCAAACGAUUUCGGCCCUCCAAUCCGACGGAUUGACCUCCUUGGAGUACAGACUUGUUUCCAAAACUCAUUAUAAACUCUACACACACAUAGUGGUCAACAUCGACCAUACCUACCAUGAAGUACAAGAGCUAUUUCAAGAGCAUAACAAUUUUAAACAUUUGAAGGAAGUGUUUGUUCUCCCUGCAAAACUAAGUCGUCUCCACGAAUCAACAACUGUUACCCAAGAUAAACGUAAACGUCGACCAGGAACUACAAGACCUAAUUCAUUCAAGAUUUCGAAUUAA